UCGUGUUGUUGCAGACAGUAGAUGAUACUGUUUAGAUAACGUGAAUAUUUAAACUUCUGACGUAAGAAAGUACCUGCUGCAGGCAAACAAAAUUUACUGAUAAAAUUCGUACGGUUGUCUUCACUGAGACAAAACGCGGACUUGGUAUACUUUGUUUUUAAUUCAUAAAUGAAUUGUUUCAAAGGAAAAUAAAUUGCUUCGAGCCGUUUAAAGAAGAGGUGCUGAGAUGGGUGGAGCUAUAGGUAAAGAUCAUGGGGCAAUGGAAUACGAAGAAAGGAAUAUUUAUCUGAAUUCGGUAAAGACUUACGGGAGACUUAAACCAAUUCGACCAAUUACCAUCCAUCAAAAAGCCCUGUUCUGCUUGUGGGUGUUCAUCACAUGCUUAUUUGCAAUUGUUCACAUUGUGAAAUUGAGGAGAUGGAUUUUGUCAACGUGGAAAGACAAAAAGACAGACGGCAGAGAAGAAGAGGUUGAUGAUGUGGAACGGCAAAAUUUCGUUGAAGAGCGAGGGAAGUUGGAAAGCUUUGCAAACACAAAAUACCUUGACGAAAAGAAGUCGGAACACGAGAACAACAAAAAACCAUCAAUUUGGGAAAGAUUGGUGGAAACAUCACCCGAACAGCCAUCUCUUGAAAAAUUUCUGAGGCAGGCUUUCCUAUUUGGCUGGAUAAUGUUCUAUUUCUGGCUUUGUGACUUUCAGCACGUCUGGCGAAAAACAGACAAGCAAUACUCCAGGGAUAUGUUUACAUUUCUUUUCUGCUUACUUGUGUUUGUUGCUCUUGUCUUUACGAUCAAACCGACAGAGGACAAGAUUUUGAAUCGCGAUCAAACUGAAGAAUGGAAGGGCUGGAUGCAGGUUUGCAUUGUCGAUGCAUUGCAUGAGAGGGGGGUCCAAUUUGUAUGGUUCCAUUAUUAUGACGCUCAAGAGGUUUACAACUCGAUUCGCUGUUACGUAGGAAGUUAUGUUUGGAUGACUGGUUAUGGGAACUUCUGGUACUUCUAUCACAAAAAAGAUUAUUCAUUCUUUCGACUUUGCAAAAUGAUGUGGAGAUUAAAUUUUUUGGUUGUCAUGGUGAUGGCGAUAACCAAUCACGAGUUCGUGCGAUAUUACGUUUGUGCAAUGCACACUUACUGGUUUCUUACUGUAUACGCAAUGCUGGCCUUUUUUGCAAGAUAUAACGACAAUCGCAAAAUUAUGGCAACGAAAUUUGUUUUGUUUUUCAUCUUCAAUUCCAUCAUAUUCGAGAUCCCUUUCAUUGCGUACAAGGUGUUUUGGCCCUUCCAGUUUGUUCUUAAUGUCAACGGAAACUUGGACAAUUGGAUUUAUCGAGCAACGCUCGAUCACUGGGCAACUUGGAUUGGAAUGCUGGUCGCUUACAACUAUCCUUAUUAUGAUGCUUUCUUGAGAUAUCUUGAAAAAAGGAGCGACAAUAUACGCGAAAAUUCUCUCAAAAAUGGCAUAAAAAUUGGACUUACGUUGUUCUGCAUUGUCAUAAUUGUAAUUUGGUUCCGUUAUCUCUUGCUGGUUGAGAGAACGUGGUAUAGAAAAUAUCACCCGUAUUCCUCACUCAUUCCAAUACUUGCUUAUAUAUGGUUGAGAAACCUGCAUCCUUUUCUGAGAACUCGCUUUUUGAACUUGUUUAACUGGUUGGGAAAGAUCACUUUGGAAACGUACUUAUCCCAGAUUCACAUCUACAUGAUUGGAGAUGCAAGAAAACUCCUCGUUUACAUCCAUAAGUAUCCCAUGUUAAACUUUGCAGUCGCCACUGUCCUGUACGUAUGCGUAUCGUACGUGCUUUUUCAUCAAACAGUCUUGUUCAGUUCAUUCCUGUUGCCAAGAAACAUGAGAAUUGUUUGUAGAAAUUUCAUAGCCAGUGUUUUAAUAUUAUUAUCUUGUUACAUAUUUUCCUAUCUACUUACGUUGCAACAAAUUUGGUAACACAUAUCAUGAGUCAUAUUCAUGAAAUCUAUAAGAAGUGUAAAUUAAUUUGUGUUUGGCAAAUUAUGCUGUAAACUCGAGAUUCAAAAUAAAAAAAAGAAGAAAGGAAUGAACUUAA